AUGAUUAAAUCAUUUAGAAGACCUAAAAGACUGUCAAGUAAUUCCGAUUCGAUAAAGCAUCAGAUUUCAAGAGUCCCAUCAGGAGCGAAUUUCAAUGAAUCAGUAUUGAAUGUUCCAAAAAUUGUUAUCAAGGCAUUAUAUGAUUAUCAGCCUCAAGGACCUGAUGAAUUAAGUUUCCAAAAAGGGGAUUUUUUUCAUGUCAUGAAUGUUGUUGAUGAAAAUGAACAAGAUGGUUGGUAUGAGGCCACCAACCCUAUGACCAAUGCCAAAGGCAUGGUUCCAAUGACUUAUUUCGAAAAAAUCGAUAGAACAAGACCUAAAACUAAUGAUCAAGUGGGUUAUAUUCCAAACGGGAGCAAAUUCAGUAGCCCAAAGAAGUCAUCUGUAUCCUCGGUUUCAUCUGGAUCUUCUCAUAGAAACAGUAGUCCCACUUUAUAUGCAAUUGUAUUAUAUGAAUUCAAAUCCGAGAGGGAAGAUGAAUUGGCUAUUUCUCCUGGUGAAAGUUUGAUAAUCUGUGCUCAUCAUGAAUACGAGUGGUUUAUCGCUAAGCCGAUCAAUAGAACUGGGGGUCCUGGUUUAGUUCCGGUCACGUAUGUGAAAAUUGUUGAUUUGAUUAAUCCAAACAAUACGUUAAAUCACAAUGAUGAAAAAGAUUUGAUCAAAAUCAUAAAUACUCUCAAAAUUCCAACAGUAGAACAAUGGAAAGCUCAGACUGCAAGAUAUCAAGCUUCAUCAAGACCAGUCGAACCAGUUGACGGUGAUUUACAUACCUUUGACAGACAAAGAGUUUCUGGACCAAUUGGACCAGGUCAAGUCCAACAAUAUAAACAUUAUGACGAAAAUGGAGAAUAUUCAUUAUCAAACAGAUCAUCUUUAUCUUCGUCGAAUAUUUCGAUUUUGGAGGCAAGUGUUGAUUCUUAUCACUUAGAUGCCAAUAAGUAUCAAUAUUUGAUCGUUGCAAGAUUAAGCAACGGGAAAAUGAGAUAUUUAUACCGUUACUACGAUGAUUUCUAUCAAUUACAAGUAAGCUUACUUGAAUUAUUCCCUUACGAAGCUGGUAAAAUAGAAAAUUCCAAAAGAACUAUACCUUCAAUACCUGGUCCAUUAUUCACAGUAAAUGAUAAUAUUUCAAGAUUGAGAAGAGAAAAAUUAGAUAGAUACAUCAGAGAAUUAAUCCAAUUACCUAGUCAUAUAUCAAGAUGUGAGGAGGUUUUAAGAUUGUUCGAAAUCUUAGAUAAUGGAUAUGAUAGAGAAAUCGAAGACAACUCAAAAGAAAGACAACUGAAACCGAUCAGUCAAAAAUCUAUCUACCAACAAGAUAGAUUAUCACAAUAUUCCAAUUUACACAAUCAGGUGAAUGACAGACAUUCAUCGACGCCAAUAUCAUCAGAUUCAAAUUUAAACAGGUUAUCAGCAUCAUCAGGUAAUUUAUUAAACAACAUUGAAACAUCUCAACAAACGUCAACAUCAUCACAACCAGCUCAAACUACCCAAUCACAGUACAAUCAUGCUUCAAACGUCAUCUCAAAUAACGAACAACAAAAACCACCAACUACCAAAGUCAAAGUCAAAUUCUAUUAUCAAGAUGAUAUUUUUGUUUUAUUAUUACCCGUGGGAUUGAAAUUGAAUGAUUUGAAAACUAAGUUGUUUAAAAGAUUAAGUUUGAACGAAGCAUCAAAAGAAUUUAAUCCUGAUUUGAUCAAAAUCUACUUGAAGAAUGAUUUGGAUAAUUAUCAAAACGACAACAACGUUCAAGAUUAUGCAUUUAAUGAUAAUCAAUUAUUGAGUUUGAAAACUUUCGAAAUUAAUGAUGACGACAGAUUUCAAAACGUAUUGUAUGAUAAGUGUAAAUUAUGUAUCUUAGCUUAA